AUGCCUCACGCCGAUUCCAGUCUUGUGCCUUCGGGAUUAUCCAAGUCACAGUUUUGGGAGCACUUACAUGGACAAGUAGUCAGUCUAUUAGAGGGUCAGACUUCAUGGGUGUCCAAUCUAUCCAACGUAUCAUCUAUCGUAUAUCAUUCUCUUAUGGCCUAUGAGAAGUUUUCAAUGACAGACACUGGCCCCGUUGUGAAUUGGUGCGGCUUCUACCUGGACUCGUGUCUAUUCCCCCCAAACUCGAAGCUGCCAACUGAUGCCACCGAGGAUGGACCAAAGACGCUGCUGCUCGGACCCUUUUGCGGGAAGCCGGCGUGCCAAUUCAUUCGAGUCAAAGAGGGUGGAGGGGUUUGUGCAGAUGGUUAUCAUUUUCGUGAAACCCUCGUCGUCCCAGAUGUCGAUGCGUAUCCAGGGCAUAUUGCGUGCGACGGCGACACCCGCUCGGAGAUUGUGCUUCCUAUGAAAUUGCCAGGAAAUAGUGGAGAUAUCAUACUUGGUGUGAUGGAUCUGGACUCGGUCGUGCUCGCUGCCUUUGCAGACGAAGACGCCAAGGGUUUGCAGCGUAUCGUCGACACAACUGUAGCAAUGUCCAAAUGGUAG